UUUGUCGAACAUGGAAGUUACGCUCAUAAGAUCAAACUUGAUUGGCCCAUGGUGAUGUCAAGAGCAGAGUUUGUUUGAUCCCAGAGGGCUGACUGUAUGUCCCACCUCCAUGUGCCUAAAAUAGACCAGCCCGAAAAAAAACUACGCUGCUCGAAGAUCAAGGGACACUUUUGAAUCGACUGGAUCUGUCUCGGAACAAACAGGAGUUCUGAAAUUGAAGAUUUAAUGUUGCUGUUCACUGCACUAUUUUCUUUAAUGAACCGUUUCUGUUGGCAUGUGGUCUUAAGUCUUUAGUCUCAGCUGUUCCACAAAGUCGAUCAGUGAGAGCUGCAGCAUGGAGAAGGAGACGAGCCGGUGGAACAUGGACUGAACUGCUUGUUCGUCCUCGGUCUUUCCAUCGAAUUGGCUGCUUUAAAUUCAUCAGGGGACUUGUCUUCCCCUUUUUCAAGCUCUUACAGUGUCAUUCUGAAAAUGUGAUUGGAGCAGUGGUUGUGUGAGAGGUGCAUUGCAUAUUUAGACCUUUGGAGUUCUAACAAAUAACACAUGCAGGUGGUAUAAAAACUGUUGUAAUGUCUAAACGUGGAUCCAAACAACACUCUGUCAGUGUGAUGAAUCUCAGGCAACAUUUUAUGAUACUAUUAGAGUGGAUAGGUUUGUGGGCAAAACAUAUUCUUACAAGGCUUUGGGGAGCUUUUCCAGCAGUCAAAAGUCAUAUAGCAUCGCCAGAUAUCACAGAUACAGGAUCAUGCAAAGCAGACUCGGAGUGGAAAACCAAUGAGGCUCUUCGCACAUAUCACCCUGGAGAUGGAGACGAAACCACUGUAACGGUCCAAACCAGCACAUGUGCAUUCCAUGUGGAUCUUGGGAGACUCUCCGAGUGCAGUGAGUACUUCCGAGCCUUGUCCCGGUCCAGAAUGAGAGAGACCUCAGAGAGCCUCAUCCACCUGGAACAUGUGUCCUCCUCCGCCUUCCACAAUCUCCUUGAGUUUUCCUUCCUUGAUCAGUUUAAAGUCCCUCAGGAGGAGUUGGGCACACACAUCCAGGUCAGCAGCUAUCUCCUGGCCGAGGCCUUCCUCUCAAGGUGCUUGUCAGUCCUCGCAGAUGAACUCAGCCCAGGUAACUGUUUGUCAUACCUGAGUCUGGCUCAGGAGAUCUGCUGUGUGGAGCUGAAGAUGACAGUGUUCACCUACCUGAGUAGAAACCUGCUGGAGCUUCCUCACCUUAUCAAGUGUCUGAAUGAUGCAGAGAAGGACGAAGUUGUCCACCUGAGGAUUCAAGGAGACAGACGUCUGUGCAGCCUUAGGAAAGAGAACCUGACUUCUUGGAAUGACCCAGAAACAGAACGUGCCCGACAUAUCUUCACCCUAAAGGGGUCAGAGGACAGCGGAGAUUGGUAUCCAGUUACAGAGCUUCCUUUCAGUGCUGAUAAGUGGUGCUUCACUGCAGUUGUCCUGUAUAACUACCUGUAUGUAAUAGGAGGCUACCGCCAGCCUGUUAAGAGAGGCUGGGAGUUCAAGAUGGCUUCCUUUAGGUAUAAUCCCCUCACUCAUUCGUGGGCCGCCACAGCUCCACUGCUCAAGCACAGAAGGCACUUCAGUGCAGUGGCCUGUGAAGGUUGUAUUUACGCCGUGGGAGGCUGGUACUUGGAUUCACUGGUGACCCCAGACUCCAGCACAUCUCUUUAUACAGCUGUAGAGUGCUAUGAUCCAUGGGAGGACACAUGGAGGUUUGUCUCCUCACUGCCACUCAAUGACUUCCAGUUCACCAUGUCCUUGUCCCAUGAUUUGCCCCUUGCCACUAGCCUUGGACACUGUCUCUAUGUGUUGGGCAGCAUCCAGAGGACUGGAGAGAAACUGCUGCUGCAGUACAACACAAGUCAAGGCUCCUGGUCUGAACUGCUUCCCACCCUUACCAGAGCAGAUGCAGACCUCCCUACUCUUUACUUCCUGGGUGCCACUGACAGGCUGAUUGUGAUUGGUGGGAACAACUCAGUGAAUGUGGUGACAUCAUUCUGUGUGCAGUCACAAAGAUGGGGACAGGUGCACAAGGCUGAGAAAGUGGCAUUUGCAGGACAGGGGGCAGUUGUAGACGAACAGGUGCUGAUGCCAAGUAUAGAGCACAACACUGUUGCAAGGAUGGAUCUCCAAACCCUCUCCCUCAGAGUUCUUCCUCCUCUACCCAUCUCCACCCGCUAUGAAGCUGUCUUUUAUCUUCACUUUUAA